AUGACAACAUCGGUAUCACCACCAUCCCUCUCUCCCCUUCCAGUCCCUUCCGGCAUAACCUCCCGCUUCAUAACCACCCCCUCCCUAACAACCCACAUCCUCGAAGCCGGCCACCCACAAAACAACAACAACAAACAUGACCGUCCCCUAAUAAUCCUUCUCCACGGGUUCCCGGAAAUCGCCUUCUCCUGGCGGAAAGUCCUCCCCCGUCUCGCCGCCGCCGGCUACCAUGUCGUGGCCCCCGACCAGCGGGGCUUCGGCCGCACGUGCGGUUGGGACACCCGCCCCUACGCCAAGGCGGACCUGCACACGUUCACCGUCUCCGCCCUCGUCCGCGAUGUCGUCCUCCUCGUGUAUGCACUGGGGUACACCUCCGUCCACUGCGUGGUCGGGCACGAUUGCGGCGCCGUGACCGCCGCCAUGUGCGCCGUGGCCCGGCCGGAUCUCUUCCGUAGCGUUGUGCUGCUCAGCCAUCCCUUCAAUGGCAUGCCGGCGCCAGCGAGUGCUGUUGCUACCGACGGUCCCAAAUCCAACGCAGGAGACGACGUGCACUCUGCCCUACUGGAUCUGGGCCGCAAGCACUAUAAAUGGUACUACUCGACUCCGCCUGCCAGCGCCGAGAUGCUCUACCCUCCCGGAGCGGAAGGGCUUCAUGGCUUCCUGCGGGGCUACUUCCACCUCAAGAGUGGUCGCUGGAAAGGGAAUGAGCCACGCACCUUGACCGGCUGGACCGCCGACGAGCUCGCCAAGAUGCCGUACUACUAUGUCAUGCCAGCGGACGCGACGAUGCCUGAGGCGGUAGAGCUACACAUGCGCGAGGAGUCUGAGGAAGGGUUGCGGGCCUCUCGGGAGUGGCUGUCCGAUGAGGAUCUCGCGGUGUACGUGAGGGAAUACCAGCGGACAGGGUUCCAGGGGGCUUUGAACUGGUACCGGGUGCAAACAUCUAAAGGGAGGCAGUACACCUGGGACGCGGAGGUGUUCAUGGGGCGAAAGAUCGACAUUCCCUGCACGUUUGUGUCAGGCAAGCUCGAUUGGGGAAUCUACCAGCAGCCUGGCGCCUUGGAAAAGAUGGCAAAUGGAGAAGUGUGCAGUGACUUUCGCGAGAUGCGAUUGAUUGACGGGGUGGGACAUUGGGCGCCUCAGGAGAGUCCAGAGGAGGUAGUCCAGGCGAUUUGGAGCCUAGUCGGUAGUCUAUAA